GACGAGGAGGAGGACGAGGAGGAGGACGAGGAGGAGGAGGACGAGGAGGACGAGGAGGACCGAGGACGAGGAGGACGAGGAGGAGGAGGACGAGGAGGACGAGGAGGACGAGGAGGAGGAGGACGAGGAGGACGAGGAGGAGGACGA